AUGGCCAUCACCAAACACGUCAAGAUCGCCGCCGACGACCCCUCGCUGCUCCCCUCGGACGACGACGACGACGACUUUACGCUCGACGACGAUGCUGAUGGCGCUGGCUCGUCCGGCUCCGAUUCCGAUUCGGACGACGACCGAGCCAGCAAGAGGAACAAGACGUCCCACGUCGAACAAGCUGCAGAACCUUCGUCAGUCCAAGCGGCGAGCUGCCAGCGCCUUCCGUGAGGCUGACUCGAGCUCCGUUGGGUCACUCCCCCACACGACCCACAGCCUGACGGAACAAGAUGUCGAUGAUCUAUGGGCCUCCUUCAAUUCGGAACCAGACCCCUACGCUACUCCAUCCACUUCAAAUACCACAGCUACGACCUCCACAGCGACAGCUACCGCUUCAACCCCCCACAACGACUCGACGAAAUCCUCGACCUCGGCAACAAAGUCGAGUCAGCCCAAGACGAUCAAGAUCCAAGUCGAGUACAAGUUCGUGGGAGAGACGGUCAUGUAUGUUGUGCGAUCUAGCUGAUCCUAUCGAAACUGAAUGCUGACUGUCCAGCUCAAUGUUCUUGCGCUUAAAAACUUAA